UACAAGGAAGCCGUCUUCUGUGUUCUGCAGCGACUGACCGCGCCAAGGUGCGACCCCGACGCGGCUACCCGGGAUCCGGAAAUAAAGGGCCCCUCCUCCUCUUCCUCUUCCUCCUCAUCAUCAUCAUCCUACUCUGCCGACUUCCACGACGACGCAGACGACUUCUGUCAGCGUGUGUAUGCGCCCUCUAGGACGAAUACUCGGCCACGAAUCACUCCCUCUGCCCAUUUUUGAAGGCCUCCUCCAAACUCACGCUCACGUACUUUUGCUCCCCGUUCAUCCAGACUUUUACGUCACGUCACGAUCAAACCAUGGGUGACAAGUCUCAGAUUCCGGCAGAGGCUGCAGGCGGAGGAGUAAAGCCUCUGGUGGGCUUCCUGGGUCCCCAGGCCUCGUACACCCACCAGGCUUCGUUGCAGGCUUUUCCGGAAGAUGAGUGGGAUCUGAGACCCGUCGUCAACAUCACAGACAUCUUCGAGGUCGUACAAGCCGGCGAGGUCGCUUUCGGUGUCGUGCCCGUCGAGAACUCAACCAAUGGGUCCGUACUGUUCACGCUGGAUAACUUUGCCGAUCGUAACGGCUUGUACCCGGACAUUUCGGUCUGCGGCGAGAUCUACCUCGACGUGCACCACUUUCUCGUCGGCCGCCGUCCGGACCCGGCUCACGACGCCGCCGCCGGCCCGGGACUGCGGGGGGGAGACGAAGGAUCCGGCGCCUGCACGCCGACGGCGUCUGACCCGAACCCACUCAAGCCGCGGACGAAGCCGCUGUGCAGCCUCAAGCACAUCCGGCGCCUGUACUCGCACCCGCAAGCGUGGGGCCAGUGCGUAGCCUUUUUGCAGACGUACCUCAAGGGCAUCGAGGCCAUCGACGUCAGCUCGACGAGCCGUGCGGCGGAGCUGGUCAGCCUGGACGAGACGGGCACGAGCGCCGCCAUCUCGAGCGAGAUCGCGGCGAGCAUGCACGGCAUCGACGUGCUCGCGCGGACGAUUGAGGACCGUGAGGACAAUACGACGCGGUUCUUCAUCAUCCGAAAGGGGCUGGACGAGAAGCAAAAGAUGCCGGGCCACUGCGUCAGGCCAAAGACAAAGACGAAGUCCAUGGUGUCGUUUACGGUCCCGCACGAGGCUCCCGGCGCGCUGGCGAACGUGCUGGAGUGUUUCCGGCGGUACGGGACGAAUCUCACGAGCAUCAACAGCCGGCCGAGCCUGACGGCGCCGUUCAACUAUGUCUUCUUCGUCGAGUUUGAGGGACACCGGUUCCGGGAUCCGGAGGGGAGGGUCAAGGGAGCGCUGGACGGGGUGGCUCGGGUGGCGGAGAGAUGGCGGUGGCUUGGGAGCUGGGAGGACCAGCGGUCGUGAGAGGGGAGGGACUGGUUGGCGGUCUCCCCCUCCCCUUCCUCGUGACUUGGCUUGCGGUGUCUCUCUCUUACACACACUCUCUGUCUAAGUCUGGCUUCUAGGCCCCUGGGCUAUUCCCCUCUCCGAUUCAGCUUCGGCAACUCUAUGGAUGUCGGCAUUGGCGACGGCCGUCUCUGGCGACUGCCGAUGAUCUCUGAGCGGACGUUGACAUGGCACGCGGGAUAUGCUUUGAGGCUACAUCUGGUCUACAUGCGAAAUACUGAGAGGUUUUGCGGACUACGGGCCUACAAAGGGCCACGAAGGGGUAACGGGGCGAGUGGGCGGGCACGCCAUGCUCUUGCUGGGAACACACAAGGGGAGUCUAUUGGACGGAACAGGCCUGGACUGGCUGACGACAUCGCAACUAAUGUCGAUUCGAAAUAAGGAGGUGCAUUAUGAGGGCU